CCUCCUUGUCGAUCAAACAAAAACCCUUUUCCAGUUUUCCUCCUUCUCCCUCCUUCCAAAACCAAGACCAACUGCAAAACGCCUAAAACCCUAGUUAAAUCACUCUCUCUGAAACAAACUCCUUAAUUCAGAGCUCUCAAAAAUGGCGUUAGGGCUUCGAAUCUUCACCGAAAGAGCCAACGAUGACGUAGGUCAACCAAUUCUAGACUCCGACAAUGGCGAAGUGCUUAUGCACAUUCAACCUUCUGUCUCCAUUGUCCUCGGAACUCGCUCCCCUGAAUCACCCGGCACUCUUUACAUUUCCUCCAAGAAAGUAAUAUGGUUGAGCGAUGUUGAUAAAAGCAAAGGUUAUGCUGUGGAUUUCGUUUCGAUUUCGCUUCAUGCUGUUUCUAGAGACCCUCAAGCUUAUCCUUCUCCUUGCAUUUACACCCAGAUUGAAACUGGAGACGAUGAAGACGAAGACGAAGACGAAGAUAAAGAUGAAGAGCAACAGGAAACUGUUGAUUGGUCUUCUGGAUUAUCAAAGGUCAAAGAAAUGAGGCUUGUUCCAUCAGAUCCUACUCAAUUGGAAACUUUGUUUGAGGUGUUCUGUGAAUGCGCCGAGUUGAAUCCUGAACCCAUACUAGGUGGAGAUGAAGAGGAGCACAAUUGGAUCUUCAGUGCUGACCAGUUAAAUGCUGAGACAUUAGGAGGAGAUGCUUCUAAUUGGACUUUUUCAGAGAAUCUUGUCGAUUCAAUAGGUCAUUCAAAUGGCGAUCAUGACUUGGCACAAAAUGUACUUCAGCUGCAAAUCAAUGACCAAUGUUUUGAAGAUGCAGAAGAAAUGGAGCAUGAACAUGAUAGAAACAAUGGCCGCCAGUGAUCUACAGCAAAUGCAAAUGUUUCUAUAGAUAUAAAUUUAGUUCUGAUUUUGAGACCCAACUUUCAGGGAAAUCAAGCAUUGAGCAAGUUGAUUGUGGUUGUAUAGUGCUAAAUCUUGUGGUGUAAUUGACUGGUAAUAGUUAGCAACUUGUGCUUAAAUCUGGAAGACAUUGAGAACAGGCUAGAGCUUUAUAUACAUGUAACUGUAAGCGCUCACAUAUAUAAUGUGUGGUUAAGAGUUUUUGUGCAAAUCCUGUCCAUUUAUGGGGGAUGAAGAACUAGUUUUGUUAACUCGAGAUUUUGAAGGCCUUACCAAGCUACAAGAAUUUCUGUGAAA